AUGAGUACAGUCAACACAUCAUCAUGCACUUUCCAACGAGAAAUGGCUACACAUAUUCUAUAUAUCAUCCCAGAGUCUCUCACAAUUUUGGCUGGAUUUGCAGCUUUAUCAAUAAUCACAUACUCCUUCGUUCGUUAUGGUUUUCGUCUUCUUUUCCAUCACAACGCCAAAAUCUUGAUGAUUCUUCUGACAGUUUUUUGCUUGAUAUUCUCAAUUGACGCGACGUUUGUUUGUAUAAUGCAAGUUUGGAAAGCUCUCACUUACAAAAAUGAUUGUGAUGUUGUUAUGUUGACAAGCUUCUGCACGUUGUUCAGAAGAACUUCACUGUGAGUUCAACUAUUAUUUCAUUUUGUUUUCCAGGAAAAUACUCUUUUUUUAGAACAUCAUUUGUUGGAUUCUCAUGUACACAGUUCUUUCAAAUGUUGGAGCGAUUAAUUGCUACAAUUAUGAAACAGAAAUAUGAGAGAAAUACACAGUGGUUGGGUGGAAUUCUAGUUUUGUUUUCGGUUCGUGGUUUUUUUUUGAAGUUUUAGUCAGAACAAAUUUGCAAAAUAGUGUUUAUUGAACCUGAAAUAAAAAGUUUGAUUUCUGUUGAACUCUAUAGUUCUGAAGAAAAAAUGUGAUUAGUUUUGUUUGCUUCGAUAGUUUCUGAAUUUUUUCAUAUUUAGUGUGAAUGGAGUUCAAUAACAAGUUCAAAAAACCAAACUAGGGAAAAGGGAUCUUCUGAAAACUCUUGGAAUUUUCACGUUCACAAUUUUUCAGAUCUUGAGUGCUCUUCUAACCAUCGAAUGGACUUUAUGGAACGAAGAUCCAUUAGAAGAAAUGACUCAUUGUCUAACAUAUUCAUCAUCUCCAACAAUCGGCCAAAGAAUGUAUCUUGUUUUUAACGCACUUCUAGUAAUCGACCUUAUUAUUUUAUGUGCAUUUUGUUUGUUGUAUAGACAUAAUAAGCGUAAAAUUUUGUGAGUUGACUAACUAGCUGAUGCGGGGGUUAAACAUGAAUCAUGUUUUUUUUUCAGAACUGCUGGAUUAGGGUUCAAAUAUCAACAACAAGAAAAUCUGCAAGUUCUGAGAGCGCUUUUUCCUAUGGUCUUGAUCAACACACUUUUUGUUUCCACAUAUAUUUUGAUUGCACUAAUUGCUAGAAAUUUCCGAGAUCAAAUGAGCACCAAAAAUUAUCGACUAUUCACACUAAACACAUUUGUAAGCUAUUUCGAAUUUUCAAAAAAAAAACUGCAGAAUUAAAAUUCAAAAAAAAUUUCAGAUUUUCCCAUAUGUCUCUUUACUUUUAUCGAUAACAAUGGUUUACACUAUGAAAAAAGAGCAUCAACGAAAGCUACAAAGGAUUCAUGCUUUGGAAAAAAGAGGAUCAAAGUUUAACAGUCAAUUGUAUUUUAAUAUGUAUGAGUCACAAUGGAGCAGAGUUCACAAAUAA